AUGGCUCACUGUGGGCAGAAACAUACGUGCGUCAAACACCAAGGUUACCACCUUCAUCGCUUUGCUAGCAGCAGAGAGACGUGCUCCGUCUCCGUGCUUCACACGGGCAUCCAUGGAAACUGUGUCGUGGCCGACGGAGCCCCAGGCUGGACCAGAGAGACCUCCUCCGUUUUCCACAGCGAGACAGCUUUUCCCGAGCCAUCGGGAAUCUCUUCGGCCAGCACUGCCCUGGGCUCGCCUGUGGUACAGCCCAAGCGGCUCCGGCUGCUGCGCUCUGCCCGCCCCGGGGCAGCCAGCAACCAGCCGGACCCCUGCGGCGAGGGGCGAGCUGCUUCCAGGACAGGAGCCCCGAGUGUUCCCGAGCGCUCUGCGGCAGCCCCUCCGCUCCGCACGCAGGCUCCCGCCGUGCGGCUCUGGGUGCUCCUCAGCCUGCUGCUGCUGCAGGAAGCGCUGCCACACGUAUUUGGUAGAGUUAUUGCGAAGAGUAAGCGUCCCAAAGAACCUGGAGAAAACAAAAUUAAGCCUGUUAACAAGAAAGUAAAACCCAAGAUUCCCAAAAUGAAGGAGAGAGAAUCUGUGGACUCCUCUUUGAAGUCCCAGUCCAUACUGACACAGGUGAUGGAAAAAGGUCAUUUCCAGAAACUAGCUGCUACCUUAAGCCUGGCUGCAGGACAAAGCAUAGAGCUGCGAUGUAAGGGGAGUAAUGUUACUUGGAACUAUCCUUCUUAUUUAGACACCUUUAAAGACUCCAGACUCAGCAUAAAGCAGCUUGACAGGUAUAGUCAGCUGAUCCUUGCAAACUCCACUGCAGCAGACACAGGUGAAUACAGCUGCUGGCUUCAGCUGUGCAAUGGCAACAAAUGCAGGAAGGAUGAGACUAAAACAGGGUCAACAUACAUCUUUUUCACAGACAAAGAGGAACUUUUUGUACCUACUCCCAGUUAUUUUGAGAUUGUCUACCUGAACCCAGAUAAACCUGCAGUCAUCCCAUGCCGUGUUACUACUCCUUCAGCAAAAGUGACUCUUCACAGGGAAUUUCCAGCAGAAGAAAUUGAAACAGAUGGAACCGAUAUUAUUUAUGAUGCAAAGAAGGGUUUUGUCUUCCAGAACCCUACUUCUGAUCAUAAAGGUAUUGUCUACUGCAAAGCAGAGUCACAGGGAGCACCUCAGAUUUCCAUCAAGUAUCGCCUACUGUAUGUGGAAGUUCCCAAGGGCCCGCCCUCAGCCACAAUUGCAGUUUCCUCCAGUAGAGCUGGGCUCAGUGACAGAGUUCAGGUCGUCUGCACAGUCCUCGGGGAGCCAGAUGUGGAUGUGAACUUCAGGUGGCAGUAUCCAGGGCAAGAGUCUGGGAGGCCUGUGAUUACUCAAAACUUCUGGAGAUUGAUAAACAGAGGAAUUGGACAUACUACAAGAAUCUCAAAGAGUGUUCUUCUUGUGGAGGAUUUUGAAGACAUAGAUGUGGGAAACUAUGUUUGUAUAACUCAGAACCUACAAGGAGAAACAACAGUAGCUACCAAAGUUGAACUAAAGUGA